CUACAGGGAAAUAUAUACAUAUUCAGUGAACUAUCCGCAUUAAAAAUAUAAUUAUUCCACUUAACACAAAAUUUGAUAAUCUGCAGUUUUCGUUAAAAAUUGACCAGAGGAAGCUAUUUUUCAGCUAUAUUCUCUUUGUUUAAGUCUGAACCAGCUUCAUCAUGCAGAUAUCGGGAGCGUUGAAACAUUAGCUGUGAUGAAUUAUUGAUAGUCGGAACAUAAAAGCAUCGAUGCUCAACUUUGUCUUAGUAUAGUGUUACUGCUGUUGGCCUAUUUUCCAUAGGAUAUAAUUGCUUUGCUUUUAUUGUUGUCGGUUUUUUUUUGGACAAUGGAGUAGGAUUAAGAUCACUCUAUAUAAGGAGCCUACAAGACGCAAAGACGGACUCUGACAAUGGCGUCGAGUCCCGCCGGAAGCGGCGAGAGUCCGACCAGUGAUGAGCGGGAGGAGGAAGGAGACAUGACCACCGCCUUUGUGGACAAACAGGGCUCCCCGAAACGGUACACAGAGGACACACCACCUAGAGAGGAAUGUGACGAGGUUGUGUUGGUAGAAGAGACCGUUCCAGUGCUCAGCAAGCGGGGAAUCUUCUGUCUCAAUAUAGCCUGGUUUGGACUGAGUCUCAUGUUUCUGCUCAUGGGUGUAGAAGUUGUUCCGGCACAGAUCCAGUCACUGGUGGGUCCGGCGGCCAAGGGUCGCUGGCUUGGAGGGAUGGUAGCAUGUGGGGCAGCUGUGACGUUCUUUGUUUCACCCCUCAUCGGUAUGCAGAGUGACAGAGCCACGUUCACUUUCGGCAAACGUAGACCUGUCAUGUUCCUCGCGUCUAUAGCGUUAUGUGUAGGACUAGUUGGAAUGGCAAUCAGCUCCCCAGAAAUUUCAAUGUCACAACUCAACAGAGGGACCGAUAAUAACAAAACGGGAAAACUCCAUUGUAACAAAGACCUAGUCGCUCUACGAUGCGCCCCUUACUGGAACUCCAGCACGGAGAGCCCCCUAGCGGCCGACACCAGCAAGGGCGCCCAGCAGCCAAACUCCAUCGUCCUCCAGCACAACUCCUUUGGGGAUGGGGAGGGUGUAAAGGAAACUACUUCCGGCAGCAUAGCCCUAUUCAUCGUAUUCUACCUGAUAGUGACGUCAGCAUUUGCGGGGGUAACAGUUCCAUACAACGCACUGAUAGCGGACAAAUCACACCCGUCACAACGAGGAUUAAAUUCAGGAGUGAUGGCCGCAAUGAUUCUGAUUGGAAACGUCAGUGGUGCGGCAGUAGGGACGUCAUUUACGCAUAUCGGUGUUCCAGGGGCAUACUCAAUCUCCAUUUCGAUAGUUGUUGUCACACUCCUCAUCACAAUCUUCACGACGACCGAGGAGCAGGGAAAACACAUGGUGGAACCCGUCGGUUGUAUGGCAAUAUUCACAGGUUUCUGGGACCCUUUAAGAGAGCAUGAUUUUCGUUGGGUGUUCAUAACCAGAUUCCUCAUGCAACAGGGUGUGUCCACAGUCACAGGAUUCCUGGAAUACUGGCUGCAUGACAUGGUGUAUCUGCCCAACUGUUGGACCGCCGCCACCUGUGUCGCCAUCAUGUUGUUGCCCAUGUUAUUCGCCGCCGCCUGCAGUUCUAUAGUAUUUGGUAUCAUCUCUGACAGAACAUCCGCCCGAAAACCGAUAGUCAUUGGAGCAGCUGUCAUAAUGAGUGUAAGUAUAUCUGUGAUGAUCCUCCUGCCAGGAAAGUCUGCCUUCUACAUUGCCAUCGUCACAGCAUUCUGCUUCGGUAUAGGAUUUGGGUCCUUCCAAUCCGUGGAUUUCGCCCUAGUAAUGGAUGUAUUGCCUAAGGAUCGUGACAAAGCCAAAGAUAUUGCCGUGUGGCACCAAGCGCUCAUUUUGCCAAACGCUCUCGCCACGCCCGUUGGCGGAUUUAUACUGGACUACUUUCAGAGCGUAGACUGUAAAAUAGGGCUAGGUUACAUUAUACUAUUUAGUGUUACCGCGGUGUAUUUUUGUCUAAGCGGUAUUUUUGUAACACGAAUUAAACGAGCGCGGUAAAGUAUACUUAAACGUCGUCAUCUAAACAUAGUUUGAAACUUCGGCAUACCAAAAUGUUGGGUUCUUUACUUUAUUGCCUGCAUCUUUACUUAAAUGUCCGUGGCUUUACUUAAAUAUUUACUGAAAUGACUGAAUCUUGACUGUAAUGUCUGCAUAUUUACUUUAGUUUUGCAUGUUUACUAAAUAUCUGUAUCUGCAUCUUUACUUAAAAGUCUGCCUCGUAACUUAAAUAUCUGCAUCUUCAUUAAAAGGCUGCUUCUUUAUUUAAAAGUCUGAAUUUUACCUUGAAAGUCUGCAUAAUACCUUUAAGAUCUACAUCUUGUCUUAGAUUUCUGCAUCUUGACUUAGAUUUCUGCAUCUUUAUUUAAAUAUAUGUAUCGCUACUUAAAUAUCUGCAUGUUGUCUUAGAUAUCUGCUUAUUUACUCUGAGUUCUGCAUCUUUACUUAAUGUUUGCAUCUUUACUUAAGGUCUGAAUGUCAGCUAUGUUUGGAACUUAAAGUGCAUUGAGACCCACUUAUCACCACUUAUAAACGAUCUUAUCGUAUGAUCACUUUGUUGAACUGGUAAUUCCCAGUAUGUAUGUUCCGGUGGUUUAUAGAGAAUAAUCAGUGAAAUAAAAACUGAUAUUUCACUGCUUCAAACCGUGAAAAUAUCAAUUUGCUAUUUUUCACUGUUUUGAAAUUUAAGCCCGCUCUCGGUUCCGAAAUGACGUUACGUGCGCAUACAGAUUGGCGCGUUUGAAGUGUAAUUAAAUUACUUUUAAUUUCAAUUUUAAGCUAAUAUAUAUAUUAUUAUUAUUAUAUUAUAAAUGAGAUAAAAUAAAGUGUUAUUUCAGUGUAAGAUAGCAAUAUAUUUCACCUAGUGAACACCAAAAGUGUAAUAUAAAUUGUUAUGCCCACUCGGUGAAAUAUAUUACAAUCUUACACUGAAUGAACAUUAUUUAUUUUGACAACGAACAGUUAGCGUGUAAUUAGAAAUAAAAAUGUUACUUCAAUAAGUGAUCUUUAAGCAGUAUUUAAGCAAUCUUCUUGUUAUAAUAAUAUUUGUUCGUACGCUUGGUUAUAAGAUGGGUCCUAUGUAUUGUAUAUUUGGUAAUUUACAAAGACCUCACCUGUUUAUUUAUUAAUGUAUUUAUUUAUUGAUUGAUGUAUUGAUUAAUCUAUUCUGUUGUGCCACAUUGAGUGACAGGUCGCCGUAUUCACUUGUGUGAUAUUUUAAAAUUUUAUGACAUUCUGUAAUUUACUUUAUUUUUAAUUGAAUAAAAUAUG